AUGCUAUGCCACCGUCUAAAACUAUCUGCUAAAAUCUACACGGCCUGGUCCGUCUCAGUCGCACAAAUGUCUACUGAGUCCGUUCGCAAAAUGCCCUCCGCAUUGACCUUCGACCGUCACGCCAAAUGCUCGACAACCAAGGCACGCGCGAGUACUCUCAAACUACCCCAUGGCGAAGUCCCUCUCCCGAUCUUCAUGCCCGUCGCGACACAGGCAUCCCUCAAGGGCUUGACGUACGACCAGCUGCGCGAAACAGGAUGCAUGCUCUGCUUGAAUAAUACAUACCAUCUAGGAUUAAAGCCUGGUCAGGCUGUCCUGGAUGCAGUGGGUGGAGCGCACAAAUUACAAAGUUGGGAUCGCAAUCUCUUGACAGAUAGUGGCGGUUUCCAAAUGGUGUCACUUCUUGAAUUGGCCACUGUUACAGAGGAAGGCGUUCGCUUCCUCAGCCCGCAUGAUGGCUCGCCUAUGCUACUUACUCCCGAACAUUCGAUCUCUCUUCAAAAUUCUAUCGGGUCAGAUAUUAUCAUGCAGCUAGAUGAUGUGAUUGCUACGACUUCGCCAGAUCAUGCGCGUAUCAAGGAAGCUAUGGAUCGCUCCGUGAGGUGGCUUGAUCGUUGCAUUGCAGAGCACAAAUACCCGGAGAGACAAAAUUUAUUCUGCAUCAUUCAGGGUGGUUUGGAUCUUGAACUGCGCAAACAGUGUUGCGAGGAGAUGGUGGCCCGAGAUACCCCAGGUAUCGCCAUUGGAGGUCUGUCUGGUGGCGAAGCGAAAGAAGAAUUCUGCAAAGUAGUCGAUACGUGCACCGGACUUCUGCCGGAUAAUAAACCAAGAUACGUCAUGGGCGUGGGAUACCCGGAGGAUAUUGUCGUGGCGGUUGCUCUGGGUGCGGACAUGUUCGACUGUGUCUGGCCGACACGAACAGCGGUAAGACUUCUCAGCCGACAACCGAAACCCUUUACUGACAUGAAGCAGCGAUUCGGAGAUGCCAUUGUCUCUUCAGGAACUCUGAAAAUUAGCCACAAAGCUUAUGCUGAUGACUUUGGUCCUGUCGAAGAAGGCUGCACUUGUGUCUGCUGUCGUCCAACUGAGCAGGGAGGCCUUGGACUAACCAGAGCAUACAUGCAUCAUAUUACCGCGAAGGAGACUGUUGGUGCUCACCUUCUGACUAUCCACAAUGUUCACUAUAUGUUGAACAUGAUGAAGAACAUCCGACAGGCCAUUCUUGAUGACCAGUAUCCCGCUUUCCUUCGCAAGUUCUUUUCCGACAUCUAUGGAGGGGAUAAAACCAAGUUCCCCGCAUGGGCGGUAGGUGCACUGAAGGGAGUAGGUGUGGACUUGUUGGCGGAUUCCUAA